ACAUUAGCUAAACAUAGGUAGGGCAAGAUAACGAGAAACAGUUUUAGGAAGGUAAGGCGAGUCUUUUAAAACAAGGUUGAUGAUUUUAUCAAUCAUUGUUAUAGUUUAAUAAAGGGUAAACUAUUAUCCUGUAGUUUAUGGACGACCAGCUGUUUUGAAGAAUAUUUGAACUGCCUCAGGUAAAGUUGAAUUCAAAAUGUCCCUGCACGGGAAAAUUGUUGUAAUCAAAAGGAGUGGCGGAGAUGGGACUGAGUUUCCUCUGACUGCAUCAUGCUUAUUUGGAAGGAAACCUGACUGCGACAUUCGCAUUCAACUUCCUCAUGUCUCCAAGGAGCAUUGCAGGAUUGAGUUGAAUGAAAAUAAAGAGGUUAUUUUAACUAAUUUGAGUUCAACGAACCCGACCCGUGUCAAUGGGGAGGUUUUUCAGCAGUCUGAACGUUUGAAACAUGGAGAUCUAAUCACAAUUAUUGACCGUUCUUUCAGGUUUGAAUACCCUCCAGCACCCACUCCAAAGAAAAAUCGAUAUUCUACUGCUAGCAAAAGUGAAACUCCCCAGGUUUUACAUGAAACACAAGCAAGGGAUACCAGCGCUAAAGAUGGAACCAACACUUCUGAUGUCAAACCCAAGGAGGAUGGAAGUCUUGACCAGAACAAGCCAAGCUCCCCUUUCUGUGAGCUGUACCAAAUGUUCAAACAAGAUCUGGAUUCCAAGACUCCAAAGAAAGCACUUGGAACACCUGCUUCGAGGCUUUGCCCACAGAAACCUAUCUCAACCAGAAAAGUGGAUGGGGCGUCUGUCAUUUCCACACCCAAGAAGGCGGAGACUGAAAAUGUGUCACCUGUCACUGGAGUGACUCCAAAAUCAGCUCAGAAGAAGCGAAAGUCCCUCAAAGGUCGGGUUGUUGAGGGGAAUGUGCCAGUCGAAGAUUUCAUCCAACUGCCUCCAUCUAUUCUUGAAACUCCCAAAGGUAAAAGGCGUUCUUCAAAGUCCAUAACACCCACCACUGUUGAAGAAAAAUCCGCCCCGGUUUCUCAGAGGAAAAGUCACCUGGCAACCCCCGAGAAGUUCACUGCUAGUGAAGUGGCUGAGCAGAUUUCUGAGUUUCCGACUGCAGAAAUCCUUACGACCCCCACUCGGAGGAGGAGCAGGGAAGCCACUCCUAUCAAAUCUUUGAUAACUGGGGUAGAACCACCUGCUGAUGCUUUCGUCUCAAACCAAGACCAGAUCGUACUAACUGAGAAUUCCACGGCAAGUACUCCUAAGACCGAGCACUCCCGCUCUCCAAGGCCUGCUGGGGAAAAGCUUCAAGCCCAGGAUGUGCUGUGUGAGCUGGAGGUGACCACACCCAUCAAUGUUAAACAGUCGUCUGCUAAGAAACGGAAGAGUGGAGACCUUGAAACUGAAUUUCCAACACCUCUGUGCAAGAGGAAAAGGGUUUCAUUUGGAGGUCAUUUGGAGCCGGAACUGUUCGACAAACGUCUUCCUCCUGACUCCCCACUAUGCAAAGGUGCCACUCCUGGACGGCGAAGCUUGUGUGCCCCCAAAAUGAAACAGUCACUCCUCAGGAGAGCGUCUGCAAUUGGUCUGAUAAAGGAGCAUGAACAAUCUGCCCCAGUGAAAGGAAGUCCAGGAAAGAAGGCAUCUCCCAAGACUCCCUCGCCUGCCAAGAAGUCGCCGAAGGCGUCUGCCAAGACUCCCUCGCCCGCCAAGUCGCCGAAGGCGUCUGCCAAGACUCCCUCGCCCGCCAAGAAGUCGCCGAAGGCGUCUGCCAAGACUCCCUCGCCCGCCAAGUCGCCGAAGGCGUCUGCCAAGACUCCCUCGCCCGCCAAGUCGCCGAAGGCGUCUGCCAAGACUCCCUCGCCCGCCAAGAAGUCGCCGAAGGCAUCUCCCAAGACUCCCUCGCCCGCCAAGUCGCCGAAGGCAUCUGCCAAGACUCCCUCGUCUGCCAAGAAGUCACCAAAAGCUAAAACGCCAUCUCCAGGUAAAGAGAAGACCCCGAAAACCGCUGUCAAGACUCCAUCUCCUGCUCGAAGAAAGUCUACGUUAAAAGAUGAAUCUCAAACACCAAAGGCUGGGAAAACUCCCAAGACCCCUGCAAGUUUGCCAUCAGCCAACACGACACCCACCAUGCAAGGCCGGUUCUCAGUGUCCCUCGUCAGCACCCCAUCACCCACCGCAGACCAGGACUCUGUCGUACAGCCGUCUGUCACUGUAACGCCUCGUGUUCCCUUGAGGCGAACGACAAUGUCGUCUACCUCGAAGACGACACAGAAAAGCGCAAUGAAAAAUUCCCUUCAAGUCAUCCGUAGAAGAAGUGGUGUUUCUCGGGCAUCUAUGAAAGUUGUGAAUUCCUGGGCUGACAUUGUGAAGUUUGGCCAGACCAAGACCCAAGCUGUUAUCCCAACCAAGAAAACCACCCGAGUGACUAAGACGAAGACUGUUGUACCAAAACCGAAGACACCUGUGAGGAAAAUCAUAGGACAUGUCAGCACUGGUCAUGCCGAUUCACCUGUGACCAUUGUUGUGGGCAAAGCUCACAGGUUGAAAGCCAUUCAGCCAAGUGGGGCUGCCCCAAAGCUUGUCCACAACAUUGCUGUGCUAAAAAAGAACAUGAAAAUGGAUGAGGAUUUGUCAGGCAUUGCAGACAUUUUCAAGACCCCUGCUAGGCAGAGGAAGUCUGUGGUCAAUGUGCAGAGUGCCCUCAAGACCCCCCUGAGAGCCCAGUCUACAUCUAUGAUUGAAUCAUCAGUGAUGAAUACCCCAGAGGAGACUGGUGAAAUGGUGGUGUCUCCACUUGUUGUUUCUACUGCUAAACGGGGCGCGUACAACAGCGAUGCCGUCACUAGACUCCUUCGGGAUGGUCAAGAAUCCAGUUUCAUCACGGAGGAAGCUGAUGACUCCCGUACAACACAAAAUGAGAUUCUUGCCUUAGAGAGGUCUUCAGAGGAAUCGAAGGAAGAACAGCGGCCAGAAUCAAAAAAAUCUAUUUCGACUCCCAAACAGAAGAAACCCGAACAACCCGAGUGUCUCACUGGAGUGAAGAGGAUCAUGAAGACCCCAAGACAGAAGGUGCAACCCAUUGAAGACCUCAGAGGGAAACUGAUGACAACUCCAAGAGGGCCUAAGGCUUCUCAGGAAGUAAGCUUAGCUGGUGUAAAGGAACUCCUGACCACCCCCAAACAAAUCGCUGAACCUGUUGAAGAGAUGUCUGGUAAAGUCCAAGAUGACAACGUCCACAGCGAGACAAAAGAGAUUCACGGCGACGCCAUUUCUCCUAAAUGCCUCUCAGGUAACGUUGAAUUCAAAAUGCCCCUGUUUGGGAAAAUAGUUGUAAUCAAAAGGAGUGGCGGAGAUGGGACUGCGUUUCCUCUGACUGCAUCAUGCUUAUUUGGAAGGAAACCUGACUGCGACAUUUGCGUUAAACUUCCCGAAGUAUCCAAGGAGCAUUGCAGGAUUGAGUUGAAUGAAAAUAACGAGGUUAUUUUAACUAAUUUGAGUUCAACGAACCCGACCCGUGUCAAUGGAGAGGUUUUGCAGCAGUCUGAACAUUUAAAACAUGGGGAUCUAAUCACAAUUAUUGACCGUUCUUUCAGGUUUGAAUACCCUCAAGCACCCACUCCAAAGAGAACUAAAUCUUCUAAACAGAACACUCCAAGAGGGCCUAAGGCUCUUCAGAAAGUAAGCUUAGAUGUUGUGAAGACCCCCAAGCACGUCGCUCAACCUGUUGAAGAAAUUUCUGGUGACGCCCAAGGGAUUCCUGAUGCCAUGACAACCGAGGCAGUGGAAGAGCUUGCUGCUACUCUUGCUGAGGCAGUGGAGGAAGAACAACCUGCUCCUCUUGCUGAGGCAGUGCAGGAGGUAGAAGAGUCAGUUUCUGCACCUGCUGAGGCAGUGGAGGAAAAACAACCUGCUCCUCUUACUGAGGCAGUGCAGGAGGUAGAGACCGUUUCUGCACCUGCUGAGGCAGUGCAGGAGGUAGAAGAGCCAGCAUUUGCACCUGCUGAGGUAGUGGAGGAAGAACAACCUGCUCCUCUUGCUGAGCCCAUUGCUGCACCUGCUGAGGUAGUGGAGGAAGAACAACCUGCUCCUCUUGCUGAGCCCGUUGCUGCACCUGCUGAGGUAGUGGAGGAAGAACAACCUGCUCCUCUUGCUGAGCCCAUUGCUGCACCUGCUGAGGUAGUGGAGGAAGAACAACCAGCUCCUCUUGCUGAGCCCGUUGCUGCACCUGCUGAGGUAGUGGAGGAAGAACAACCUGCUCCUCUUGCUGAGCCCAUUGCUGAGGUAGUGGAGGAAGAACAACCUGCUCCUCUUGCUGAGCCCAUUGCUGCACCUGCUGAGGUAGUGGAGAUGGCACGUCUUGAAAGUGAAGAGCCUUCUGUUCCAGUAAAAGGUAGAGUAAAGAAAACUGAGGGGAUUGUGCCACCACCUGCUAGAGGGAGAUCGGCAAGGCGUAAUGAGACCAGUAGCGUUGAGGCACCAGCAGAAACUAUGGACUCUGUGGAUGUCCAGGAGAAAAUGGCAGUUGACCCAGUUCCUGAUGAAAAGCUCAAGAGCGGAAGAAAGGCCAAAGAGGCUUCUGUAGAGCGAGUUGAAUCAGUGCAGGAGAACGCUGUUGAAAGUGAGAGUGCUGAAAUUCCUCCAAUUGAGGACCAGCAGCCAACUUCUGAUGUCCCCGUGGAGAAACCCAGAAGAGGAAGAAAGGCCAAACAGGCUUCUGUAGAACAAGUUGAAACCAUGUUGGAGAACACUGAAGCUGUGAGUGUUCCUGUCACUGAGACGUUUGAGGCCCAGACUCCAGUCGUUAGGUCUGAGAGAGGAAGAAAGCCUAAACAGGAUUCAGUUGAAGCGGGGGUUCUUGAAAUUGCUCCAAUUAAGAUUGUGGAAGCCAAGGAGAUGCCUGCUAGUGUUCCUGUUGAGAAACCACAGGCAAGAGGAAAACGGGGUAAACAGGAAUCUGAAGAAGCCAAAACAAUGGAAGAAAAUGUUGUGGCAGUUGAUAUUCCUACAGAAGAGGUGGAGGCCUCAAUCCUGUUUGCAAAACCCAUAAGAGGAAGAAAGACUAAGCAGGAGCCUGUAGAUCAAUUGGAGUCUGUGAGUAUUGAAACUCCCAUUGAACAAGUGGAGGCCCAGGAGCAGGCCACUGUGGCCUCAGUUGAGAAACCCAAAAGAGGGGGAAGGAAGACUAAGCAGGCUUCUAUAGAGAAAGUUGAGCCUGUUGAGGAUCACCCCGUUGAGUCUCUGACUGUUGAACUCCAGGAGCAGGCCACUGUGGCUCCAGUUGAGAAACCCAAAAGAGGGGGAAGAAAGACUAAGCAGGCUUCUGUAGAGCAAGUUGAGGAUCACCCCGUUGAGUCUCUGACUGUUGAAGCCAAGGAGCAGACCACUGUGGCUCCAGUUGAGAAACCCAAAAGAGGUGGAAGAAAGACUAAGCAGGCUUCUGUUGAGCCUGUUGAGGAUCACCCUGUUGAGUCUCUGACUGUUGAAGUUGAAGCCCAGGAGCAGACUACUGUGGCCCCAGUUGAGAAACCCAAAAGAGGGGGAAGAAAGACUAAGCAAGCUUCUGUAGAGCAAGUUGAGCCUGUUGAGGAUCACACCGUUGAGACUCUGACUGUUGAGCUCCAGGAGCAGACUACUGUGGCCCCAGUUGAGAAACCCAAAAGAGGGGGAAGGAAGACUAAGCAGGCUUCAGUAGAGCAAGUUGAAGAUCACCCCGUUGAGUCUCUGACUGUUGAACUCCAGGAGCAGACUACUGUGGCCCCAGUUGAGAAACCCAAAAGAGGGGGCAGAAAGACUAAGCAAGCUUCUGUAGAGCAAGUUGAGCCUGUUGAGGAUCACACCGUUGAGACUCUGACUGUUGAGCUCCAGGAGCAGACUACUGUGGCCCCAGUUGAGAAACCCAAAAGAGGGGGAAGGAAGACUAAGCAGGCUUCAGUAGAGCAAGUUGAAGAUCACCCCGUUGAGUCUCUGACUGUUGAACUCCAGGAGCAGACUACUGUGGCCCCAGUUGAGAAACCCAAAAGAGGGGGCAGAAAGACUAAGCAAGCUUCUGUAGAGCAAGUUGAGCCUGUUGAGGAUCACACCGUUGAGACUCUGACUGUUGAGCUCCAGGAGCAGACUACCUUUGCUUCGGUUGAGAAACCUAAAAGAGUGGGAAGAAGGACUAAACAGGACCCUGGGUGUGUCGUCCCGCCAGUAUCCACAGAGACUCCAGAGGAAACAUCUGCUCCCCCUACAGAGAAACCUAAAAGAGGAGGAAGAAGAGCAAAGCAGCAGAAGGUUCCUGAAGUGGUGGAAGUUGAGAACAUGGUAGUGCAGGAGGUCCACCUUCCUGCACAAACUGAGGUUGAUGCUAGACCAGAGUGUGAAGAGGCUGAUGCUGAAGAACUGCUGGAAGCUCCGGUUGUCAAACCGGGAUGGAGAAGGAAGGCAAAAGCCGUUGUGAAGGAUGAAGUGCCUGCCAAGCGAGCACGCAGAGGAGCAGCUGAUUCCACAAAGGUGCCCACUGUUGCAGAAGCAACUGUGGAAGUUCCAACUGAGCCUGUCAAGCGAGGUAGAAGGGCAGCUAAAUCCAAAGUCUCUGCAGAUGAAAUCACCAUUGCAGCCGAGAGCACUCCGUUGGAGGCUGAGGUAACAGACACGGAGGUUAUGACUGCUGUGGUUAGAAGAGGAAAAGCCCCUAAAAGGGGAAAUGCUGUUUCUGAAACUACCUCUGACCAGGCAAAUUCUAUUGAAGGCAUGGAAACCAUUGACAAAGACUCAAAAAAGACCUCAAAAUCUGUGAAUUGGAAACCUGAUUUGGAAGUUACACACAAGGUCACCCCUCUUCCUAAACAGAAGACAUCCAGACGGAAUGAUACUGUUCCUGUUACUAAGGUUGAAGAACAGCCUGAACGGAGUGAAGAACAGCAGGUUGUGAAGACAGUGCGAGGGAGAAGAGCAAGAUCUUACGUCGCGGUCAAAGAGGAGACCGUACAAUCAACACCCUCAAAAAGGGCACGCCAUAGCACCAUAGAGACCUCUGCUGCUGAAGCAGAAAGAAAUGCAGCUAGAUCUAUGACAACUGAAGAGGCAGAUCUCUCUGAUAAAGCUGUUCCAAAGGAGCCUGUCAAGAAAACAACAAGACGAGCAGCAAAGUCUACUGCAGCAGCUCCCGUUGAGGCCACGAGCACUACUCCUGCUGUCCCGGAGGGAGAGACCAUCCCCGAUGCCACAGUUGUGGCUGCUACAAAAGGAAGAGGUAAAGCAACAAAAGGAAAAACGGUAUCUCAGGAAAUUGACAUUGAGCAAGGUACUGAGUCGGAGCAGCCGUGUAAGCCCCGCAGAGGGAGAGCAGCAAGAAAAUAGAGCUUAGGCAGUCAUAGAUUUUUGUUUGUUUUUAAUGCUUGUUAUAGAAAUGCUAAUGCUCAACUUAUUAUUUUUUUGUACUUGCCUGGAGUUACAGAUGUAUAAUUGAAGGCCAGUGCUUUACAAUAUUAUUCUGAUUUUUGGUCUUAAUUGUGGUUAGUUUUGCUACAUUCUCUGAAUAUUUUUUUACAUUUUUAAAGAAUUUGUAUUUAGACUGAAAAUAGUUUGGGUGAAAUUAUUCAUAUUAAAAAUCAAAAAAUUAA